UUUUUUUUUUUGGGGUGCUAAAUGAGAUGAUUUUUGAGUCUCUUGUGCAUUCAGACCAUGACAUGUAGUAGGGGUGAGCAUGUUAGAUUGCCCAAAUAGGAAUCGCCCGGACUUGAUUAAAUUAGCCGGUUUGGUCUUGUUCUAGUUCAAUUUUAUGGAACUGGUGAUUUUUGGUCUGAUUUCGAAUUCCUUGGGGGAUGGGACCGAAACGACUUUUUUUUUUUUAAUAUAUUUUUUGAUUUCUUAAAGAUAAAAACAAAUUUUAAAAUAGUAAUAACUCUAGCAUUUUUAAAUUUUUAAAUUUUUUUGCUAAAUGAUCGGUUCCAUGGAUCGGUUCUCGAUCUUAGGACUGUCCGGUCCGAUUCUUGAUUUCUAGGUGGAAUCGGAUCGGAUCAGGAAGAUAUCAUUCCUGAGAUGUAGCAGGCGAAUCUUGUUCGGCACGAACGCGGUCGGAUAUGAAUCCGGCUUUCAGAGCGAGAUAGAAAAUUCCACGGCCGAAUUCGACGAAGAGGACACAAUCAAACAACGACGGAUCGUUCUCAUCGUUUGCCAAUCUCGAAAGAGGACGAAAGGCCGGGGACAAGCCGGGGGGCCCACCUCGUGCGAACGGGGUGCCACGUGUACGCCAGGGGGUGGGGCCCAACCUCCAGAAUAAGAGAAAAAUCCCAAACCAAAUUCCAAGAAACUUCUCGACGACACGUCGGACGGAAGAAGAAGGAGAAGAAGAAGGAGAAGAAGAGGAAGAAGAAGAAAGUACGGCGAAAUUGAAACGUAAGUCAGUGAAGGAUCCUUCCUCCCUCCCUCUCGCCCCUUCUGAAUAGCCCGAGAUAUUUAAUUCUCGCUCCUCCGUUUCUCUCCUCCUCCCGCUCCUCCUCCUCCAUCAUUUCCUCCUGAACCUUCUGGAAUCCGUCAUCGUCUCGCCAGCUCCGAUCUUGUCCCCCUCGCUGCCAUGGCCGCCCCGCCGGCGGAGCAGAGCGGCUCGGCCUCCGGCGGCGAGAGCCAGCGCUCCGUCCCCACCCCGUUCCUCACCAAGACGUACCAGCUCGUCGACGACCCCGCCAUCGACGCCGUCAUCUCCUGGAACGGCGACGGCUCCUCCUUCAUCGUCUGGAACCCCACCGUCUUCGCCCGCGACCUCCUCCCCAAGUACUUCAAGCACAACAACUUCUCCAGCUUCGUCCGCCAGCUCAACACCUACGGAUUUAGGAAGGUCGUGCCUGAUCGGUGGGAAUUCUCCAACGACUGCUUCAGGAGAGGCGAGAAGCGGCUCCUCCGCGAAAUCCAUCGCCGCAAGAUCUCCGCCUCGCCGCCGGCCCCGGCGAUCGUGGCGGCGGGGAGGCCCAGGGCCUCGCCGUCGAACUCCGGCGACGAGCAGGGCAUCUCGUCGUGGUCUUCGCCCCCGUCGGCGUGCGGGCGCAACUGCGCGUCGGAGAUCAUGGACGAGAACGAGCGGCUGCGGCGCGAGAACGUGCUGCUCAGCCGGGAGCUGAGCCGGAUGAAGACCCUGUGCAGCAGCAUCUUCAGCCUCAUGUCGAACUACGCCAACGGCGGCGCGGGCGGAGGCGGCGGGGAGAAGAAGCCGCUCGAGCCGCUCGGCGGCAACCCGGAGGCGGAGGCGGCGGCGGCGGCGGCGGCGGAGAGCCCGAGGCUGUUCGGGGUGCCGAUCGGGGCGAAGCGGGGGAGGGAAGAGGAGGUCCGGACGGAGAUCAAGCUGGAGCCGUUGGAUUGCCAGCGCAACGGCGGCCGGAGCCGAGCAGAGCCGUGGAUGAAACAGUGUCACCGAUCCAAUCAAAGGGUGUUCAACUAAUCAAUCAUCACUAACCAACACGAAAAAGGCGGGGGUGGGGGCGUUUUAGGGCAAUUUUUAGAAAUUUUUAAUUUUAGAUGAACCGAAGGGGUGGGUGGGGACCACCCGGGGGAGGCACGUGCGGACACGGACAUCACGUGAUUCACCUGAACCUCAUUUUUGGAGGUGGGGGGGGGGUGACUCGAAGCACGUGCCUAUCCCGGCGGGAACUCCUGCUUUUUCCAGAAUGCACUAGAGCCCUUUUCUUUUCUUUUAUCCUUUUUAUUUAACUUUUUCGUAUGCUUUGAAGUUGUAUGUAAUGCAAAAAAGCAAAAAGGCCUCUGUAGAAUCUCGAAGGCGAUUCUCCAGGAGAGGUGGUCAAUCUCAGCGUUAGCCUGGCUUCUUCUUGUUAAACACUAUAUAAUAUUAGUGUUGUUCAGCUA